AUGCUGUUUAAACCACCAUCUAGGGGGACGCUGCAGGGCAGAGCCACGCUAGGACCAGGAGGGCCGGAGCCGCGCACGGGAGGGCAGGACCGACGCCAGAGACAAUCGGACCUCGGCAGGUCGACUGUGGGACCAGAACGCUGCGAGAUCGAAGCUGGAGAGCCGCACCGGAGAGGCGGGAGUCUGAUGAUGGAGGUGCGGACUGCAGGGCCGGGAGAGCCAAGACCACGAGGCGUCAGGGCCGUGACCGGGAGAAGACCUGGGCGGCCAGCCGGACUGCAGAACCAGAGGAGUCGGCCGAAUGAGUGUGCCUGUGUAAUGCGGUCCACGUGGGACAUCGAAGCUUGGCGAUGGAGAGGUCAAUUACCGCCGCGCCAUCCGAUCCCAGAAGAGCGGCCCGUCCGAGUCAUAACCCAAACGGGAACCCCUGAAGCGACGCCAUCUUCGCCGGACACCCUUCGACUAAGGACCGACCCAUGCGGCACGGGCCGUCCCUUGGUGAUGCAGGGCUACACCGGAACCUUCUCCAGCCCCAACUACCCCCAAAAUUACCCUGCCAAGAGAACAUGCAGCUGGCGCGUGAAGAGUGACGCUCGAGGGAGACAGCUCUGGUUGGUCUUCGACGAUCGCUUCAGCAUAGAACAUUACAAGAAGUGUGAAUAUGACUAUCUCAAGAUUUAUGAUGGACCAGACGAGAACGCUCCAUUAGUGAAGACGCUGUGUGAUGAGGAGGCCCCACCUCCCGUCAACCUCACCGGGAACGACGCGUUUGUGAAGUUCAAAUCAGACCAAGCCAUCACCAAGACGGGGUUCAGGAUCACCUGGCGCACCUGUCCGCCCAACAUGCUGCUGUGUGACGUGGGGAGUGUGUGUUUGAGACCGGAGAACAGGUGUGACAUGACGCAGCACUGUCAGGACUGGACGGACGAGCUCAACUGUGUUUAUGGUCAACAAAACGCGUGUGGCGGACAGGUCCUGGCGGACGGGCCCGGUAACAUCACCACCGUGAACUACCCCGUGUUUUUCCCGCCCGGCCUGAGCUGUACAUGGAACAUCGUGGCGGCCCCGGGCAAGCGGCUCCGGGCCAGCUUCACGGGGAUAUUUGACGUGCCUUGCCUUACUGCUGUCAAGGUUCGCGAGGUGGGCCCCACUAGAAAUAAACCCAACAAGGCCAAUGGUAUUUCCACAUUCUGCGGCAGACGGACACCUUCAGACAUCAUUGUAACUGUGAAAGAACGUCUCAGGGUCCACUUCCAGCCGCCAAUGGUCAUUCCCGGGAAGGGCUUUGCCCUAACCUGGGAAACAAGCUGCCAGGAGAACUACUUCUCGUGCCCGGAGGGAAGCUGUCUCGUGCCAGAAAAGGUGUGUGAUGGGGCGGACGACUGUCAACAGGGAGAAGAUGAGAGUUACCCCGCGUGUCCAACUACUGCUCCCCCAACUUCCACUCCUAUCGUGACUACUGGCAAUGACGGAAAGCCUGAGAGUGAGACGGCGCUUACAUCCAACACACUUGCAUCCAACACACUUGCAUCCAACACAGUCACACCUGGAAAGUGGUCUACAGACUACCACACCGCUUCACAGACUGGUCCCAUCCGUCAGAAGACCAUACCGAGUGCUACUUCAACCACACAGCAUGGCUUGAGUCCCACCUCAACCGUGCGGGAAGGCAUUUACAAGGCUUCAUCUGCAACACCUCAGGCUUGGACAAACAUGACAGUUACCUGGGCUUGGAAUGGUACCCUGGGAGGUAGUACCAGCCUCACAACACAGUCACUUGACACCUACCCCAGCCGCCAGUGCUACUCGUGCCAUGAUGACGGAGCCUGUGCCAGCCCGGUAGACUCUGCAGUACCCGUCACCGAAUGUCUGGAUGAUCAGGCUUGCUGGGUUAUCGAGGUGGACCCAAAUGGAAACGAGCUCGAGUCCGAAGACACUUCCACAUUCUGCGGCAGUCAAACACCACCAGACGUCAUUGUGACUGACAAGGAAAGGCUCAAGAUCGACUUCCAACCGCCAAUGGCCAUUCCCGGGAAGGGCUUUGCCCUAACCUGGGAAACAAGCUGCCAGGAGAACUACUUCUCGUGCCCAGAAGGAAGCUGUCUCGUGCCAGAAAAGGUGUGUGAUGGGGCGGACGACUGUCAACAGGGGGAAGACGAGAGUGAGUUCCUGUGCGCAGACACUACUGCUUCCCCAAGUACCACUCCUAUCGUUACGACAUAUGCAGCGACUACUGACGUUGACAGGACGCCAACACCUACACGCGAGGCUGCCACACCUGGGAACUGGCACAACUACACCACAACAGUAGGGAAAGGCAUUCCAAAUGCUUCAGCUCCAACCCCACAUUGGACCGGUAGCCUGGCAGACAGUACCGUGUUCACGGCACUGCCAAGUGAUGACUACAGCAUCGAAAACAUCGACACUUACCCCAGCCGCCAGUGCUACUCGUGCCAUGAUGACGGGGCCUGUGCCAGCCCGGUAGACUCUACAGUACCCGUCACCGAAUGUCUGGAUGAUCAGGAUUGCUGGGUCGAGCGCAUCCUGGGCCCUGGGAGGCAGAAGGAGAGGAUCGUGUACCGCCGGGGCUGCGGCUCGCUCUGUCCGGAGUACUGGGAACAGGAGGACUGCAUGGACGGCUGGGUGCAGGUCUGUAAGGUGUGCUGCAGUGAGGACCUCUGUAACAGUCAGCUGCUGAACGGAGACGACAAGCGCUUCUCCAACCAGGUGUCCGAGCCCAACAUGGUCGGAGUGUUACAGCCCAACUGGAUCCACCUUCUCGUGGCAUCUCUGUCUACCGUCUGCAUGUUCACAGCCUAGCUGACUCCAGAUCUGCCGCAUUGAAAUUGGUUAAAGCCCUUGUCACGCAGUCAGGGCCUUAAUUCCCACGACUUGCUCCCGAUACUCCCCAACCAGUCAACGUCGGCGCUGAAUUGGGAGUAGCCUGAAACACGUAUAAUUCUAGUUCCAGUUCGCUACUGUGGUCGCAUGCAUGGAGAAUUUGACUUUUCCUAAUUCAAUUCUUCAAAAUUCAUAGUUGGUCGGCGUAGAUGACUUCAAGUUUAAGUCUAGUAGGCAACCUGGCCGAUCUACUCCCAACUACCACGAUUGACGGCCAACUCCCAACCAUGGUCUGGAGAAGGCCU